GGCCGGCCGCCGCCCACCGGAGCCCCGGGAGGGGCUAGCCGAGCUGUCCUGCCCCGCCCCCUCCCGGGCCGCGGUGACAGCGGGGGGUCUAGAGACCCGGCAGGAGGAGCCCCGCGCGUUGUCCGCCGCUCGGGGGACGUGGGCGUGCCCGCGGGGUCCGCCUCCUCCGGGGACCAGCCGCUGGGGAGGAGGCGGCGCGAAAAGCCACCCGGGAGGCUCGGAGCGCCAGCACCCUGGGCCUUUGGGUUGUUUGUUGAGCAGCUGGUUCCCGGAGCCCGUGAGCCUCCCGGGCAACACGAGUGACAGCGACUUUCUGGAUGUAUAGGGCUUAAAGCGCCGGAGAGUCCCCCAGCCGCCCGCCACCAACCAUCGGGCUCUUCUUCCCUCCUUCUCCCACUUUCCUGCCCUCCCAACCGCUGCGGCCAUGCUGCAGAUCCUGGUGACCCAGUGACCGAGGCGAUGUGGUCAUGAUUUGCAUUUGAACGGAGGAUUCGGGAAGGUCCCUUACCCCAUGCCCAGGUUUGAAUUUCUAAAGGUGGAAUUCCAAAGCCUGCCUUUCCUGUAGUCUCCCAGAGCUCACUGCCUGGAAGUGCCCGCCUGCCCUUGAACUUAGGUUGUGGGAAGUUGCUCGAGUCGGUAACUAUAUUAGAUUUUCCCUCAUUGCUCCUUCGUUAAUCUCUUUCUAGGUGAGGCUUGAAACCCCAGCUCUAGACCUCCAUGUUUCACCCUGCAGUUUUGGAAAUGCAUUUGCAGGUUCUGUUUUGUGCAGACCAUCUGUGAUGUUGUUUGUUAGUGGGGAAAGGACAGUGGUACAGAUAGAGGAUUCCUCUUCCUAUUUAAGCCACAGGAAAGAGAUAGUGGCCAUUGCCAUUAAUCUUCAAUAUUGGGUAGAGCCUCUAAAGCACAAGCCAGAGAAAGUAUUUUCCCUGUCAGCCAAAGUAUUCCCUCUCAGCCAAAAAAAAAAAGUUUGAAAACUUUUGGGGGGACGUGCAUUUACCACCCAUCUUUGCCUUAAAGUAAGAUCUACUUUAAAAACUUUGUCUUUAAGUAGGUUAUUUAAAAUAUGCAGGGGGCUGCUUUGCUCAUUUACAACAGCGCUUCAGUUCUGGAAAGACCCUUUCCGUGGUACUUUUGCCAGCUUUCAAGUCUCAUUAUUUUCAUCUCCGAAGAGUACACCGAACUGUUGGAGGCUGAUAGACCACCAAGUGAGAGCUGAGCCUCUGCCAGAAGGAAGAGGGGAAGUGAGACCCAACAGGACUUCUCUACGUGCUUUCCAGCCUGUGUGAGCUGCAGGGGCAAGAGAGACACACUUGGAGCCAGGAUUAGUAGCCUAUUUAUGAAGCAUCCUAUUUUGUGACGGAAGCUCCGUGGUCAGAGCGACGUAAAUGGCUCGACUGCCCGCUGGCAUUCGCUUUAUCAUCUCAUUCUCCCGAGAUCAGUGGUACCGAGCCUUCAUUUUUAUUUUGACAUUUUUGCUGUAUGCAAGUUUCCACUUAUCUCGAAAGCCUAUCAGCAUAGUUAAGGGUGCGCUCCACAGGUACUGUGCUGCUUUGAAUGAGGGUGAGGUCGAAUUCAACAGCCAGAACCAAAAAGCCGCUGACAUCGCCCCUCACCAGCGCCCAGACAACGGGACUGACUGCGGCUGGGCCCCGUUUGAUCAGGACAACUACCAGCAGCUGCUCGGGGCCCUGGAUUACUCCUUCCUGUGCGCGUACGCCAUCGGCAUGUACCUGAGUGGCAUAAUAGGGGAACGCCUGCCUAUUAGGUAUUACCUCACCUUCGGGAUGCUGGCCAGUGGCGCCUUUACUGCCCUGUUUGGGCUGGGGUAUUUCUACAACAUCCACAGCUUUGGAUUCUACGUGGUAACUCAGAUCAUCAAUGGACUGGUGCAGACCACUGGCUGGCCCAGCGUCGUUACUUGCCUUAGCAACUGGUUUGGAAAAGGAAGGCGAGGUUUGAUCAUGGGGGUCUGGAAUUCCCACACCUCUGUGGGCAACAUUUUGGGGUCCUUGAUUGCCGGCUACUGGGUGUCCACGUGCUGGGGCCUGUCCUUCGUCGUGCCUGGGGCCAUCGUGGCGGCCAUGGGGAUAGUGUGCUUUCUCUUUCUCAUUGAACAUCCGAGGGACAUCGCCUGCUCUCCCACCUCGACAGCGCACUCGAAGGGCUACGAGAACGGCACGCACAGACUGAGGCUGCAGAAGCACAUGGUAACGGACGAGAAGAGUAAGCCUCUGGACCCAGAGACGCAGUGCUUGCUGCUGUCGGAUGGAAAGCACUCUGUCCAUCAGAACCACACCGUCGUCCUCCCAGCCGACGGUGGGAGCGGUGUGGCCGCCAUCAGCUUCACAGGGGCCUUGAAAAUCCCUGGUGUGAUCGAGUUCUCUCUGUGUUUGCUCUUUGCGAAGUUGGUCAGCUACACUUUCCUAUUUUGGCUUCCGCUGUACAUCACAAAUGUAGAUCACCUUGAUGCCCAGAAAGCCGGGGAGCUCUCCACCCUGUUUGACGUGGGUGGAAUCUUCGGUGGGAUCCUGGCAGGUGUGAUCUCAGACCGACUGGGGAAAAGGGCCUCGACCUGCGGCCUGAUGCUGCUGCUCGCAGCCCCGACGCUCUAUAUAUUCUCCACCAUCAGCAAAAUGGGUCUGGAAGCCACCAUAGCCAUGCUGCUCCUCAGCGGGGCCCUGGUCAGCGGGCCAUACGCGCUGAUCACGACCGCCGUCUCUGCCGACCUGGGGACUCACAAAAGCUUGAAAGGAAACUCCCACGCCCUCGCCACCGUGACUGCCAUCAUCGACGGGACCGGCUCUGUGGGAGCAGCCCUGGGCCCCCUGCUGGCGGGGCUCAUCUCCCCGUCAGGAUGGAACAACGUGUUCUACAUGUUGAUGUUUGCAGACGCCUGUGCCUUACUGUUCCUGAUCCGCCUUAUACACAAGGAGCUGAGCUGCCCGGGGUCUGCGACGGGGGACCAAGUUCCGUUUAAAGAACACUGAGCACUCGAGUCCCGUGGAGGGAGGCUGGCCCAUCCUUCACACACUGUCCUUCAAGGAAAAGUUCCAAUAAAGGAUCCUGUGUUGAAAAGAAUCCUGUACCCUUGCCUUUUGCACACGCACCUGGAAAAGACACAAAAGCCACCUUGAGAAUUCCUGGUACUACUUUAGACGAGCCGUGCGCUCAGGACGGCAGUGAGGACGUUCUUGAGCAGUGCUGUCUGCAAUAGGCUGAGCCGGAACAGACGGCCAAUGAGCGGGCCCCUCGCAGGGCGCUCGGCAGCUGUGCCGCCAUCACGUGUGACACGCCGGGACUGGUGUGGGGACUCGGGGGCCGCAGUCUCUCAGGUAUUUCAGAUAGAAUGUUAGGGCGGGGUGGCGCAGGCUCCGCGCCAGCAGGAGCCUGGUGACACCUGGAGGUGCCGCGUGGAUGAUAAUCAGGACACUGCGGGCGUGGAAGGCAGCUGGCAAAGAGCCCGGCCUCUGAAAGGACGGAGGAGACUGGCAGCUGGAUCCAACCCAAACAGAAUUAGACCAUCACAUCCUCCAAAAGACCUUCCCAAUGCGUCCUCUCCUGGACCGGCCUGAGAACUGACGGUCAAGGAGUGAACAGUGCUGAGGCCGUCUGAGCCUGCUGGGGUCAGAAUGCCAGUCCCAGGACACCCCGGAGAGUCCUGUCAUCUGAGUCCCAAGGGCCACCAUGCUGCUGGUCCCCGGUGGGGUUGCUGGGAGGGCGCGGCCAAGCCUGGGAGGGGACGGGUCUCCAGUCCAGCGACUUGUUUCCCUCCGCAACACGCCAGACACCGGAACUGUCUCAGCUACCCAGCACCAGAGUGGAUUUAUUUAUUUAAAAUGUGUGCUGUGUUAUAGAAGUUUGAGAAACGUAAAAGGCAUUUGGUUAUUUAUUAGACCGACUCCGAUUGUUCUCUGGCCCCUUGUUUUCUCUGUUACCUAGCGAGAUACUUAUCUGCCCUUUGAAAUAAAAUGUUUUUUUAAAAAAA